AUGCAGGGAAUCCUUCAAGAUAUUUAAAAGAUCAUUUCUGAGAACAAUUUAUGCUUAGAUAAACAUCUUGAAGCUAAAUUUGGCUAUCUAGUAUUAAGAGGAUAUAAAAGAUCACUAGAUUUUCCAGCAUGUAUGAAACAUGGUGAGUUAUAUCUGCUGAAAUUCAAGGAUCAUGAGAAAGAAACUUGGAAAUACUUAUAUAAAGUAAAUACUAUCAUAGCAAAGACUUACUAGAUGAUAAACUCAUUAAAUCAUUGCAUGAAAUACAUGAAUGAAGCGAUUGCUAUUGUACAGCGAAACAUAACUGAUAAAAAUGAUUUGUAACUUGGAAUAAUUUAUAGAAUUACAGGAUAUCAGUAUUGGAAGUUUUUGAAGAGAACUAAAUCUACUAUUUAUAAGGAAAAAGGAGAUAUGUCUAAAGAAGUGUUCGAAACUGAUGUUGCUUAGCAGCACUAUGAAUAGUUUUUAAGAUAUACACGAAUGAAUUAUAAGGAGAGUCAUUUUAGAGUUGCAAAAGUUUAUGUCAGAUUAGCCGACAAUUUAAUGAGAGACAGAGGUAAUCCAUAGUAACUUAAAAAAGCAGAGAUAUAUCUUUAGAAAUAUCUAGAAAUUGUAAAAGAGAUUGAGGAAAUUCAAACAGAUGAGGAAAUGGAAGUAACUGGAUCCCUCUAUAUCGCACUUUACUAUCAGUUUUUAGGAAAGUACUAUGCAAGAUUACUGGAUAAGGAAAACAGUUUAUUAAGUUAUAAGAAAUCGCAUGAAAUGUAUAUUAGGGGAAAUAAUGGAGUGGAAAGUUUAAUCUGCUAAUCUUUUUACCAGUUCAUAAUCGAUGAUUUGGCUGAGCUGAAUGAUCUUGAACUUAGCAUAGAUUACAACAAAAAAUACAAAUGA